GGUGUUCGACGUCUCGAUGAUAGGCCCAGUUCGACUAGACCGGGAUAUAUAUAGAGCUUCUCAAAGCUUAUGUCUCUCCGCCGAGUCCUAGGCUCACGGCGCUGUUGCUGCACAAACAACAUAGCACCUCACAAUCUAGUACCAUGCUUGUCACUGGCACUGCAUCUCACCAGGCGAUCUACCCCGCUGCGGCGAUCGUGUCGACAUGCUGGCUAACAUUCUACCAGACGUUUAAAACGGUCAGCGCGAGGAAACGGGCUGCAAUAGAGUAUCCCCAAGUGUAUGCCGAGAAGGCGGAAGCGGCCGCGUCGAAGGAUGCGAUGAUCUUCAACUGCACCCAACGCGCUGCACAGAAUACGCUUGAAUACUUACCGGCCGUGAUCACCUGCACCGUCAUCACCGCUGCGAAGUACCCAAUCCUCGCAGCCACCUUGUGUGGCACUUGGUCUUUCUCCCGUCUCAUCUACACUAUUGGUUACAGCACCGGCGAUCCUGCAAAGUGGCCAGGUCUCAUCUGUACUUCGAGCGUCGCCAUCGCACACCUCGCGCUCGACAAUCUAUCUGCAUGAUCUGGUUGAGCUUUGUUGGACUGACUUCACCAU